UUGUGAAGCUGUAGUUGAGUGUUAGCAGGCUAACUAGAGAAAGAAAGCUAACUAAUCGAGAGAGUGGAAGUGGAGCUAACGUUAAAGGAAAAGGCAACUGUCAAAACAGCAAAGGGAACAGAAAUUUUAGUGGAGUUAUAUUUGUGUUAGAUGACUACAUGAACAGACUUGUAGUUAGUUAGUCAAAGACCGUGUUUGUCAGAUGCCCGUGGAGCAUUUUGGAUACUACAUCGAUUGUCCCAUUUCCAAACGGAAACCAUUUCUGGACAGACAGUUCGUGCUAGCUAGCUAGCUAAGUGAAUAAUCCAGGAGACUUUUCAUUGUCACCUAAAAACCCAAACUGAAUGUUUUGUCUGUCAUGAGUCCGGCCGGGUGCUCCCAUGUGAACGGUUAUAAGGUGGAUAAUUGGAAACAAAAUCUUCGAGUCAUAUACCAAUGCUUUGUUUGGAGUGGUACUGCUGAGACCAGGAGACGCAAGGUGCGUCAGAGUGAUGCAGGAUGGACAGAGCUGGCCAAGUCGUGUAUCUGUCACAUGUGUGGCGCCCACCUGAACCGACUCCAUUCUUGUCUCUACUGUGUCUUUUUCGGCUGCUUUACGAAGAAACACAUCCACGAGCACGCAAAAAACAAGAGACACAAUCUAGCGAUAGAUUUAUUAUAUGGUGGAAUAUAUUGUUUUGUGUGUCAAGACUACAUAUACGACAAAGACAUGGAGCAGAUUGCCAAAGAAGAACAGAGGAAAGCCUGGAAAUUGCAAGGCAUAGGGGAGAAAUACACAACGUGGGAGCCAACCAAGAGGGAGCUAGAAUUAUUACGACACAAUCCAAAGCGGAGGAAAAUCACUACGAACUGUACCAUAGGUUUACGAGGGUUAAUAAACCUGGGCAACACAUGUUUCAUGAACUGUAUUGUUCAGGCCCUAACACACACACCGCUGCUGCGAGACUUCUUUCUCUCCGACAGACACAAGUGCGAGAUGCAAUCAAACUCCUGUCUGGUGUGUGAGAUGUCGCAGCUCUUUCAGGAGUUCUACUCGGGCCACCGUUCGCCCCACAUUCCCUUCCGGCUGCUGCACCUGGUGUGGACUCACGCACGUCACCUCGCAGGCUACGAGCAGCAAGACGCCCACGAGUUCCUCAUCGCAGCGCUGGACGUACUACACAGGCACUGCAAAGGGGACACCAUCAGAGAUGACAAUGGGAAGAAGGCCAACAAUCCAAACCACUGUAACUGCAUCAUUGACCAAAUCUUCACUGGUGGCCUGCAAUCAGAUGUUACCUGUCAAGUUUGCCAUGGUGUUUCCACGACAAUAGAUCCUUUCUGGGACAUCAGUCUGGACCUGCCUGGCUCAUCCACACCUUUCUGGCCCCUCAGCCCAGGAGGGGAUGGCAGCACAGUCAAUGGAGAGAGCCACCUGUCAGGGUCCACCACGCUCACAGACUGCCUACGCAGGUUUACGCGGCCCGAGCAUCUAGGAAGCAGUGCCAAAAUCAAGUGUGGCGGUUGCCAUAGUUACCAGGAAUCCACCAAACAGCUGACAAUGAAGAAGCUCCCCAUCGUAGCAUGUUUCCAUCUCAAACGGUUUGAGCACUCUGCUAAACUGCGGAGGAAGAUCACUACAUAUGUUUCCUUCCCUCUAGAGUUGGAUAUGACGCCUUUCAUGGCAUCCAGUAAAGAGAGCAGAAUGAACGGGCAGUAUCAACAGACGGUUGAUGUAUUAAACAACGACAAUAAGUAUUCCUUGUUUGCGGUGGUCAACCACCAAGGCACAUUAGAGAGCGGCCACUAUACCAGCUUCAUUCGCCAGCACAAAGACCAGUGGUUCAAAUGUGAUGAUGCCAUAAUCACCAAGGCCAGCAUUAAGGAUGUACUCGAUAGUGAAGGGUAUCUCUUAUUCUACCAUAAACAGUUCCUCGAGUACGAGUAGUCUUUGCGACCACUGACCAUGAAGAACCACUGCUUCUAAUGAGAGAGCCAAGGGACUGGGGACAGGAUGAAACACAAAACACACAAACCUACCUGAAACUCUUUGACUACCAGUCUGCUCCUCCAGCUCUGGAGGAAUAAUAUAAAAAAAGACGUGUGAAAUCAUGCAACCUUUCAAAUGAAAAAAAAAAAACAAACAAGCACUGAGCUACUUCUUGGCAUCUACUUGACAAAACUGAAUGAAGAGGAGGAAGAGUCGGGCGUCGUCAGUUCCAGGCUUGGGCAAGAGGGAAAAGGCCCCCCACAUCCCUCACUCUCUCUCUCCUUUUCCCUUCCUGCCGCAGGGGCAGAGUCUGAGUGUGACUGUCCUGUCAUGUCGAUUGGGCACAUCUGGAUUCUUUUUUUCUUACAGUAUUCUGCCCCCCACCUCCUCCACUCACCUCCUUCCUCUCUCUCUCUCUCUCUCUCUCUCUCUCUCUCUCUCUCUCUCUCUCUCUCUCUCUCUCUCUCUCUCUCUCACACACACACACACACCACACGCACAUGCACACACACACCCUCCAUUUCUCUCCCAUGGUGCUCUCGUUUCAACUGACCAAGCAUUUAACUUAGUCAUGACAGAAGACAGGUUGUUGUCAUAUGCAUAUGGGACUGAACGCAAAAAAAAGAAACAAAGUAAAAUCAACGUAUUAUGAACUUUGCAAGAACAUUUUUAAAGGUAUGGUUAUGAUUCUUAUCAUUUGUGAAUUUAGUUAUGAAAUACUGUAUGAAUCUAGUAUACAUCUAUUUUUUAAGAGCAAAGAAAACAUGGGAGAGCUUAGAGACGCUGUCUUUGCCAGUUGCUGGGGAAGCGCUGCCAUGGAAACUAAACAGAUUUGGACCUGAGUGUGCUCAUGUUCCAUUAUUUACUGUGUUGAUUGUUUUAUUUUUAAGUCUGGUUGAGGGCAGGGAAUAUCUAUUUUUUUUAGCAACUCAUUGAAUUUUGAGUUUUUGUUUACUCUCUGUUCUUUUCAGUGUCUUUUUUUUGUUUGUUUUCUGUUUUUUUAAUUUUCAGUACAGUCAUAAUGUCCCUCGCUGUCCUGGUACUGGAAAUGUUUUUGGACGUAUUAUACUUUCAUUCUUGUGGAAUUGUUGGUAUAAUGAUGGUGAUGAUUAAAUUGGUUCACCUUUGCUGUUGAUGAAUUGUAUGUUGAAUGUGAGCUUUGGGUUUCAUAUGGCAUUCUGAAGAGAAGACAUACAUACAAUACAUGAACUCCAGAUGAGAUCCUAUAUUAUGUGAGAAUGCUGUGGUCUCUCCUUAUUCAACACCUUGAAUGCUCUGUGCAUAACAAAAAAAAGAGAAAAAAAGGCCCGUUUAACAACAACUGCAUGCGACUGGGUUCUCAUGAUCUUAUAAUAUGUGAAAAAUUGCCCUCAGUAAUGCCUCAAGGCCUGCUGCCCAUCGAGACUUUUGUUACGUAGCUUGGGGGUGGGAAGGCGAUCAUAUGAGAUACAUAGAGGGUGAAACACAUUGCACGUAUAUGGGCACUGUGCGACCACAGCCUGGCUCUGAAUCCAUCAGUGUUAAUCUUCUCCAUGGCAACUGUUGGUGGCUGGUGUAGACCGGUGUGGUUCGUGGUGUGUCUUGCCUCUGCAGUGCAGUAAACCCAGUGCUCUAUUCAAUCAGUAUGCUGUCAAGUCAGACUUUAGAUAAUGCACAUACACAUCAGGGUGUUGUGGUAUGUUUUGUUUGAAUAUCACCAAUUGUGUAUGUAUUAAAAAAAAACUACAGAAUUAAAAAGAUAUUCACUCGUAUAAAAUGAGGGCCCUAACCUAUCACAAAGUAAUGCCACAUUAAAGAACCACAACCCCUGGUUGUUGCGCUGCUCUGUAAUUGAAAACAAACAUGCAUAUCCUUUGGUCUGCUGCAGAACCUCAGCUAGAGGACAACAGUGGGUUUCUGAACAGUAAAAAUCAAAAGACUUGUGAAAUGGUCGCGCUAUGGUUUUUGAUGUAUCAUGGAGCAGUUAAGGCCACCCAAGGACAUUCAGGGACGCAGCUGAAACGAAAAGGAAGAGGAGAGCUUCAUUAUCCGUUUCAGUGAUUAAACUCAGAACAAAACUGGAA